GGCUCAGAGGCACUUCGUCCUUUUGCUUGGUAACAGAGAUUCCACCCGGGUGGAAGCCAGCAGCAGAGCCUAGAAUUUGUUCUACAAGCUCAGUUGGCUAAACUUUUCGUUGGAGAAAGGCUGAACGGGAGGGCUAGGAUGUCGAUAGCCUCAGCCAUUAGGAGGCUAUUUGGCCUCAGUAGUAGGGGCCGGGUGCCCUCAGACCCCUCAGGCCUACAGGGCAGUUGCGGGGAUCCGCAGCACAGAGCCCGCCCCAAGGCCAUGGGCAAGCUACACAAGGCUGCCAGUGUGGGUGACACGGCAAAAGUGGAGCAGCGCCUCAUGCUGAGGAAAAGUGGUGUCAAUGACAGAGACAAGAAGCACAGGACUGCUUUGCAUUUUGCCUGUGUCUAUGGCCAUCCAGAAGUGGUGACUCUCCUGGUGGAGAAAAAAUGUGACAUCGAUGCCCAUGACAGGGAAAACAGUACCGCCCUGAUUAAGGCUGUACAAUACCACCAGGAAGAGUGUGCAACUAUUCUCUUGGAACACAGUGCCAAUCCGAAUGUUGCAGAUGCUAACGGCAACACUGCUCUCCACUAUGCAGUCUAUUGGGAAAACUCAUCAAUAGCAGCAAAACUGCUUUCACACCAUGCAGAUACUGAGGCCAAAAAUAAGGAUGACCUCACACCACAUUCACUUGCUGUAAAGGAAAACAAGCAGCAAGUGGCAGAACUGCUUAUAAAGGAGAAAGAAAAUAUUCAUGCUCUGGAUGAGCCAGGAAGGUUUUCUAACAAACGUGAUCCUUUUGACUCAUCAGUGGGGGAUGAUGAUAAUUUUGAUGACAUGAAUCUCCCCAAAGUAAACCUAGCUGAGCUAUGGACUGCUGCUCACCAAAGCGGGGAAAAGCAAGCAAAAUAUGGCACUGAGGAAUCACGAAACACAACCCCUCUUGACGACCGUAUUUCUGAUGGUGAAAGCAAAGAUAACGUGGAAACUCAUGCUAAAACAUCAGAUGAUGUUGAGAGCUUCUCUCAGUCUUCCAUUUUAUCACCAUCACAUGAAGAAUCAACAGUGUCACUGUUUAGAAAAACAGCAGAGGGUAAAGGCAGAGGGUGCAAAAAGUAUAAAAGUGAUAUGUUGUUGCCACUGGGAUUAAGAAAAGAUGAUGAAUCACCUUGGGAUUCAGAGAGUAUCUCUGAGAAUCUUCCACAGAAGCCUGGUGAUCAUUUAUCUGGGGCUGCAGAUGAAAAAGGAAACCAUACAGGAAAUACACAAGUAGAAGAAUCAUCUGAGAAAUGUCUUCACUUGAAGCCUGCCAUUGAAAGGAAACAUCCCGUUCAGAAAAAAGCAGAGUAGAAGGGAGAUUUAUGGACAUGCAACUCAGAAAUACCAGAAGAAGGGCAAGAAAGGCUGGAUGGCUGUGAAAAUAUCCAGGAGCAGGUUUCUGUUAGUCAAGAAGAUCUGUGGCAUAAAAAUCACAGGUUGCAGGAGGAAAAUGCCAGGUUAAGACUGGAAAUAAAUGCAAUAAAAAAUCAAAGCCAGGGAAAGGAAAAGAAAUACCUGGAAGACAUUGAAAUUGCACAAGAAAAGACUGAUAACAUUCAAAGGACAAUAAAACUAAAUGUGGAAAGAAUAUUUCAGCACCAUGAACAGCUGAAUAGUCUGACAGUAGUAAAAACAGUUCCAAAUUCUAAACUGGAGAGUGCAAAACAAAUCAAGGAAAGACUGGACACAGAAACUGAAUCACACGAUUCCAGACUGGCUGCUGCUGUACAGGAUUAUGAUGGAAGACAGCCAUCAAAAAGAGAUAUGGAACUUGCUUUCCAGAGAGCAAGGGAUGAAUGCACUCGUUUACAGGACAAGCUGAAUUUUGAUGUAUCUAACUUAAAAGAUUCCAGCAAGAUGCUUUCCCAACAGCUUUCUCAAGCUGAACGAAAUUUCAGUAGCUUAGAAGUUGAGCUCCAUCACAAAAGAGAUGCUCUGGAAGAAAAGAUUUCAGCCUUAGAACAGGCACGGAGAGAGCAAAACCAAGCACUGUGUCAAAUGAAGGAAAUUAAACGCGUGCACCAGAAUGAACAAAUCAAAGUGAAUACAUGCAUGCAAAGGCAGGAAUCUCUAGAAGGGAGAUUAUCUCAACUUCAACCUUAAAAUGCAUUGCUUUGAAAACACUUGGAUGAUGCUCACAAGAAAGUGGACGAUAAAGAAAAGCCAGCAAUUAAUAUCCAAGACCAGUUUCAUGAGCUUAAAAAACAAUAUUCCAUGCUGGAAGACAAACAUAAUCAGUUAAUCAAAGAAAAUAAUCAUUUAAAGGAAAGACUAUGUCAGUGUGAAAAGGAGAAAGCAGAAAAAGUAAGUAUCAAGAAAGACCAUGAUGAAGAAGAUGAAUGGAAGUGCUCAUGGGCAUUUUUAAAUUAA